AUGAUAGUUAUUUAAAUUUGUGCUUCAUUAUUAGUUAAGGAUAUUUAAGAUGAAAGCAAAGAUACAAGAAUGAAAAUUGGAUGGAUAAUUGUUGCUAUUAGUGGAUUUUUAAUAGCAUACUUUUAAAUCACUAGUAAUGUAGAUUAAAAAUAAAAAGAGUAAAUCUUAGCAGCUCUCUUAAAAUCCUUACCUGUAUAACUUAACAAAAAAAUAGAUUAAAAUAUAGUUAAUAAUUACAAUAUGGAUAAGAAUUUAGAUAAUAACGAAGAAAUAUAAUCAAUUAGUAUUAUCUACCAAACUCCUAAUGUAAAAACAAGGCCAGCCACAAAUUAAUUCUUAAAAAUAAAUAAAUUGGUAAAUAAAUAGAAGAAAAAGGAAUUCUGUUUUUUCUUAAAGCAUUUACAAGAGUAGUCAUAAUUUAUAAUUUACACAGCCAAGCAGAAAAAACAUCUAAAAAGUUGA